AUGCCUCCUGCCCCAGCACUUCCGAUAGCCGACUCAUACAGUACAAUCAACAACACUGAUUCUAUCACCGAUCUCCAUGGCGGCAGCAAAUCCUCCACUUCUCCCUCAUGGCAGAACUCCAACUCCACGACGCCGACCAUUCUCGAAGAAGUCGAAGCCGCACAACAACACCUCCGAUUACGUCUUGCAGGAGCACUGACCCGCCCGCCGGCAGGGGUACCUGAAUCGUCGCUGCCAUCCGUGCCCCUGAUUGACAUCGGGCCAUCAUUCGACGGCACACUAGCAUCACGCCAGCGAGUGGCGCAACAGAUCCGCGAAGCAUGCUUGAGCACGGGGUUUUUCCAGAUCGCGAAUCACGGCGUGACCCCUGCCGCCAUGGCAGGCGUGUUGAAGCAAGCAGAGCGGUUCUUCCAUGACCUGCCCGAACCGAAACGACAGGCCCUACACAUCAAACACUCGCGCCUGUUUCGGGGCUACGAACCACACGACUUUACAUACGUCAAUCCGGACGAUCAAACGGGCGCCACGGGAGCGGCUGCGCUGGAAACCCAACAGGACCCGCAACAUGAAACCAAAGAAGGGUUCAAUUGGGGCUACGAAGAGUCGUUGGACCCGACGGGCGGGGAUGGAAAGUACGUCGAACUCGAUGGGACGAAACCAGACCCUGCGUCUAAAAGUGGGAAUGUUUGGCCCGACGAGGCCGAUCUGCCUGGGUUUCGCGACGCCGUAGCCGAAUAUUACGGCCAAGUCCUGCAGUUGGCGCGACAUUUGUUUCGUUUGUUUGCCCUGUCGCUGGGACUGGAGGAGACGUAUUUUGAUGAAUUGAUGACUCACCCGGGUGGGAUUGCGCGGUUGUUGUAUUAUAAGGGGUUGCCAGCGGCGGCGAGCGAACCGAGCGACGUGAGCGAAACGAACGACAACAACACAAAACUAGGUCUCGGCGCUCACACCGACUACGAAUGCUUCACACUACUACUAUCGUCUACCAACCCAGGACUCGAAAUUCUUUUCCCGCCGUCCUCGCUGACACAGAACAAGCCCAUCUGGCGCUCUUGUCCAGUUCGCCCUGGGACCCUCACCGUCAACGUGGCGGAUUUCCUGAUGCGCUGGACUAAUGGGUUAUACAAGUCGACGGUGCACCGAGUCGUCAGCAGACCCGGCGCCGGCGAACGCUACUCGGUGCCAUUUUUCUUCAGCAUCAAUUACGACGCUGAUGUUUUGCCUUUGCCUGAAUCCGCCGUGGGGGCUAGUAACUUUUUGCCCCUUAGGGCUGGCGAGUAUGUUUUGGAGAGGUUGAGGGCGACGCAGAUCCUGGCCGAUGGUGAUGCCGAUGGGAAAGAGAAAGAGAAAGACAAAAAAUGA